GUUAAAGCCUCUCACCUCUCCCUGUCUUUCAUCGGGGUUAUAAACUCCUUAGGAUGUCAUCACGUGCUCCAUAAAUAACCGAUGUAUAUAAGCAAGGGCUGCAGAGGCUGCGGCAGACAGAGGAGAGGAGACAAAGCCCCAGGUCUUCCCCUCCUGCGAGCUGCGAGGAGUCAUACCGAGGCACAACCUGAGGCCCCCAUCUGGUAUUGUGGGUGGCUAAGAGCACUGUGAGAAGAGUGAAACACAGGGCCGGGAGUUGGCAGAGGCUGCCCCGGACGCAGGGAGCGGCGAGAAGCCAAGCAAGAGGAGGAGGAUGUCGGUGCUCAGCGCCUUGCCUUUCCUGAAGCCCGUCCACCUGCGCUCCCCCCGCGGCUCUCCCGGGGGGCAGCGCCGGCACACGCUGCCUGCCAGCGAGUUCCGCUGCCUCAGCCCCGAGGACGCCGUCAGCGUGUUCGAGAUCGAGCGGGAAGCCUUUAUCUCUGUCUCUGGGGACUGCCCCCUGCACCUGGACGAGAUCCGCCACUUUCUGAACCUGUGCCCGGAGCUCUCCCUCGGCUGGUUUGAGGAGGGGCGGCUGGUGGCCUUCAUCAUCGGCUCCCUAUGGGACCAGGAGAGACUCAGGCAGGAGGCUCUGACCCUACACAAGCCGCAGGGCACAGCGGUGCACAUCCACGUCCUGGCCGUGCACCGCACCGUCCGGCAGCAGGGCAAGGGCUCCAUCCUGAUGUGGAGGUACCUGCAGUACCUGCGCUGCCUGCCCUGUGCCCGCCGGGCUCUGCUCAUGUGCGAAGAGUUCCUCGUGCCCUUUUACCUGAAGUGUGGUUUCGAGGCGCUGGGUCCCUGCGAGGUGACAGCAGGGGGCCUGGCCUUUGUGGAGAUGCAGCACUGGGUGAGGGGACACGCCUUCAUGCGCAGGAACAGCGGCUGCUGAGCACCCUCUGCUCCGAGCCUGCUCUAGAGGGGAUGGAGAAGGGCUGGGGAGGUGGGUAAGAGCCUGUCACCCCUCUCCAUCCCUACCGCGGCUGUACGUUGUUCCUGGCUACAGCCGCUGCUCCUCUGCCACAUCUGCCUUCAGCCUGGUCCCGUCCCAGCCCCGCAGGGAUGAGGAUAGAAAUCUCCUGCCUGAACCCACUGGAAGCACUGAAUCCCCUGACCACCCCGGUUUUGGCUUUAACCAGGGCUGUGGCAAAGCCUGGGUGGGCUCAGGGCCAUAUGCCCACCGAGGGAGGGAAGGCAUUGCCCUAGGAGCAGCUGCAGGGAGGGUUGCUGAUUUGGAGGCACCCCCAGCAGAACCUGUACAUAACCAGCCUCUAGCCCUGCACCCCUCCCUGCUCCAACAUUACCACCAUGAAUGAAUUCCACCACAGUCAAGCCCAGAGACCAGUGGUCCCAGCAGCUACUUCCCUGCCUGCACUCAUCAUUCCAGACCACUUUGGAGCACAUCCCCAAGUUCAUGGCCACCCCCAGCAGCAUACUGCAGAGCCUCCCAGUUGGGGGGAAGUUCAAAGCCCCUCUUGCAAUACCCACAACUGGCCCAGGACAAGCCCUCUGGAAAUGCCUCGGGCUGUGAUGAAGCAGCAAAUAAAGACAUGAUGGUGUUUUUUA